AUGCACGUUCCAAUGGAAAAGACGGUGUACAACGCUUUGCCGAUGCUGCCUGGAUUCAGCUUUCCGGAGCUCCACCCCCCAGCGACGCACUUCCGCCGUCACUACUGCAGCAUCCAUGGUGGGACUCGAAGCGUUCUCGAUGCCCACACGACCCGACGGAGGGGCGACGAUGACGGACAGAGUGGGGAGUGCGGCGGUCUAAGCCGCGCUGAGAUCUUCGCAAAGUUCCCGGAAUGGAAGUCGCUGGACGACAAGGUCCUUCGCUUCUUUGCAUACUACGUGGAACGUGUGGAUGAGAGCAUGGUGGAACGUAUGCGUGUCAGGAAGGUUAAGAUUCACUUUUACCUCCGUGAUGGAACUCUCGUCGUGGUGGAGACCCCUGCCGUUGGUAACAGCGGUCUCCCCGCUGGCACGAUUGUAUCUCGCUGCAAAAUUGACGGUGUGGACUUCUUCGCUCUUUACGUCGGCUCCUCCAUUCGCGUAAGAGGGCUGGAGUACAUGAUUGUGGACUGUGACGCCUUCACACGUGACUUUUGCGCGGCGAUGGGGAUGACUCAGCCUGAACCUCUCGGCUACCCAGAAGAUGCCUUCGAGAAAAGCGUUAAGGUUGAGAAGGCCCCUAUGGAUGAGCAUCAUAUUGCCAUGCGGCGCACAAUGGAAACUAUUGCAGCAGGUGUCACUGGCGUCAAGGCUACGCUUCUUUCGCCAGAAGAACGCAACAAGGCCCGCAACUUCUUUGAACACGAUCGGGAGGUGCUGCGUUUCCUUGCAGUCUGGGAUAAGCGUCUUUUUAGAUUACAGUACUACAUCGCUGAUAAAACAAUUUCGGUUAUGCUCGAACACGCAAGGAAUGAUGGGCGUGAUCCUAACCCUGUCUUCAUUCGGCGGACCCCUAUCCCCAAAGAUCCAAAGGUAGCACUACGAGAUAUCGAAACACUUAACGCUCCACUUGGGCCUCCCGUUGCAUACGUCACCGACGAAGACUUACGGACGGGACAAACUGUCAAUUUAUUCACAAGAGACUUCUACAUUUUUGACUGCGAUCCCUACACUCGAGACUACUACGAGGCGAGGGGUAUAAAACAGCCUGCGUUCCCAAAACCCUCCACGGAAGCGGACGCACUUGUCCCCAAGACAGAAGCACCGCCGCCAACGACGACGCAGCUGCCCAGCAUAAAGAGUGUCCAGGGUGCUUCAACCAUGGUGUUUGAAGACACGGUUGCUCAUAAGGAUCGCCUCAAGCUUACUCGAUUUAUGAAUGAUGUGUUCCGUUUUUCUGCUCGACGCGUGAAUCCAUCUCCGGAGGACGAAGGUAGAAGGUUUCUCUUUUGCUAUUACCUUGCUGACGACACGGUGUCGCUGUUCGAACUUGUUGUGGCCAAUAGCGGGCACGUUGGUGGGAAGUGUUUUGCCCGUUCUGUUGUUCCCGAGAUAAAUGAACCUGGCAAACUGUACGUGGGAGCCAAAGUGAAACUGGCUGGGGCGACGUAUGAGCUCAUCGAAAUGGACGAGAGAACCAAGCGAUACAUCGCGAUGGGAAUGCCUAUCAUGGAGGAGAGCUACUUCCAGACCCAGGAUCUUAUUGAGCGUGUGCGACACGUCAUUCUUCAACGUUUCUUAGGUGCAACUGAUGUCUUCCGCAGGUUUAAAUCCACUACAGAGGGAUUGAAUCGAGAAGAUCUGAAACGACUCUUUGCGGAGUGUGGCACGCGUGUGGACGCCGCCGAACUGGACCGCGUUAUGGAACGACUGGAUCAGGACAAAGACGGCAUUGUCAGUUUGUCAGAGCUUGUCGAGAACCUUCUGCUGCAGCAGUUUGUUUCAGACUUUGUUGCAAAGAAUGAGAGGCGGGAUGGCAUCGAAGAGGGACCUCUUCGCCCGUUUCGAAGCCUUGAGGCGAACAAGACUGCGGCGCGGGAGGCGGAUGAGGCGCUGCGAAGACUAAUCUCGCGAAGCGAGGCCCGUCGGCUCCUCCUCAUUCGGGCCUUUAGAACGACCUCAAAUAACACCUACGACGGCCACCUCGGCGUUGAGGAUUUCAGACGGGCACUGCGAGAGCGGCUAAAUCUAUCCUUGACCGACGACGAGGUAGAUGCCCUCACCUACAAGUUUUUUUACACUCCGGGGUCAGGGAACUGGACAGCAAGGCGUUUGCCUGUUAAAGAGAUUCAGCGAAUUAUCAUGUGUUAG